CCCCACAGAUUCUGGUAGCCUGAACAAAGGCGCACGGAAGGACGCCAUUGUUGUGUGCUGGCAGCAGGAACGCUUUCCAGAGUCGUGAUUCGUGGUUCCUGGCCGACUACCGAAAUAGUAUUCAAAAGAUUCGCCCCAUGAAGGCGGCGCCGUCCGAGGGCCUGCCGCUCUACCUCGUCGUGGCCGGCGGCUGCCUCUUGGUGCUCGUCGUCCUCUGGAAGCUCGCGAGCCGACGCGGCCGGCGCCAGUACCAUGCCCCGCUCGCCGUCGCCAAUGGCACGUUCGCCGAAAACAUCCAUCGCCGCAAGCACGACCUCAACCGGUAUAUCGAGACGCUGCAGAGGAAGCUGCAGGUGCGCCAGGCGCAGCUCAAGAUGCACGACCACGUUGAAGAGCUCUUGACGGCCCGCGCCGCCAUGGAGGCGCAGAGCUACCCGUCCAUGGCCAAGGACGACACGGAUAACGACAACGAUCCAACCUGGGCCGCGAUACUCGCGCGCGGGCGCGAGCUCUAUGGCGAUGCGUGGGACCACAGCAAGGACGGGGCGCCGCCUCUCAAGGAGCAAAUGCAGUUGCACAAGACGGAGCUACUCGCGUCGGCGACACCGCGCAAGGAUCCCGACGAUAAGCUCAAGAAGACGAUUGCUCGCCAGAACCAAGCUGCCUUGCUCGUCCAGCAGCAGGUGCUUCGCACGGCGCGGAAGGACACGAACCGCCAUCCAAUGUCCGUCAUCCCGGUGGCCCAGAGCCAAUGGAAGUCGCAGCGAAAGUGCGGCGGACGUUCGAUGGAGCCCGCGCCGGCGUCGCCUCGCAAGGCCAACGCGGACGGUAAAGGCUGGAGUCGAGGCAACGUCGCUGCGCCUCCGACGGCGCCAACGCCCGGCGUGCCCAAGCUCAACUUGGCGGCGCUUCGAAGCCAAUCAGAGUAAAAGUACUACGCCAAUACAAGAGAGUAUAGAUGGAGGCUACGUAGUUUCUAUUCCUUCUGGCGCUUCGAUGGCGUCUUCUCGUCCUUCUCCUUGCUCUUUCGCUUGCCCUUCUUCAGUGUCCGGGGCGCGCUCCCGCCUGGAAUGCACUCCUUGACAAACACUUCGA